AUGGUCAGUCUAACAGCCAAGCUCGGAGGAACAGCUUCACAGAUUACUGUGGGGAAGAUCGGACAUGGCCUGAUGAACAUGACGUGGAAGGAGGUCCCGACGCCCGAUGAAGAAUGCUUUGAAGCCAUCAAGGCCGGUGUCGAUUCGCUCCCGGAAGGAGCGAGAAUGCUUUUGAACAGUGGUGAAUUCUACGGGCCCAACUAUGGCACGGCAAACCUGGAACUCCUAUCAAGGUUCUACGAGAAAUACCCGGACUAUGCCGAUAAAACGUUCUUGUCUGUAAAGGGCGGCAUUCGCCCUGAUAAAUCAGGACUGAAAGGGAGCUUGGAGGCCCUGCGGGCCAGCGUCGACAACAUCAACAAUACCCUCCGAGGCAAGAAGAAGCUUGACCUUUUUGAAAUGGCUCGGGUCGACAAGAAUAUGCCGAUUGAGGAGGCUGUUAAGAACAUGGCCAUCCUGGUCAAGGAGGGCCUGUUUGACCAUAUCGGCAUGUCGGAAUGUAAAGCUGAGACACUGCGGCGGGGCAAUUCCGUCCACCCUAUAACGGCUGUUGAAAUCGAAGUUAGUCCUUGGUCUUACGAAGACGAGACCAAGAAAGUCAUCGCAACCGCUCAAGAACUCAAUAUCACUGUGGCCGCUUACUCGCCCGUGGGAAGGGGAUUUUUGACUGGUCAAAUCAAGAGUCUUGACGAUGUCCCGCAGGGUGACCCGCGGCGGCAUUUGGCUCGAUUCCAGCCUGAGAACUUCCAGCAUAACCUUGCACUCCUGCACGACUGGAUGGCUUAUGCCGAACAGAAGCAACGUGUUCUGGAGAACUUGGCCUCUGUGAAUGUUAAUCUGUCCGAACAGGACAUGGCGGAUAUUGGCAAGAUAAUCACGUCGCACGAAAUCAAAGGUGGAAGAUACCGUGACGGCGAUGAGGAAAUCCAAAACUUGUGGGGGUAA